AUGGCUCAACUUAUAGCCCUCGACUCGAGUUUCCACCCUGGCGAGCAGGCGGUUCAUAAGCUUCUACGCGUGCCGCACCGCGAGAACCCAACGCAUCAUAGCUUACCACCGCAGCUUGGAUACCGCGUCGCGAUUUCGCCGCUUGUGGCGGUCGGGACGCUGGAUAGGCAAGGUAGGCCGUGGGCAAGCGUGUGGGGAGGUGAGAAGGGGUUCGCUCAGCCGGUGGCUAGGAGUGUUUUAGGGGUUAGGGCGACGGUGGGGGAGACGUGGGAUCCGGUUGUUAGGGAGUUACUUGCCGUUGAGGAUGGUAAGGGGGAAGUAGAGGAGGGAAAUAAUGGAGAUGGAAGACAGAUCGUCAACGAUGCAGUCAUCAAACCGGAAGGGGGUAAGCUGAUGGCGGGUCUGUCGAUCGAUCCCGAGACAAGAGACAGAGUUAAACUUGCCGGCGUAAUGGCUGUUGGUACUGCGACAAAGACAACGCCCGGCGUUGCGGACUUGCAACUUGCGUUCCGUGUCGAUGAGGCUUUGGGGAAUUGCCCGAAAUACAUCAAUAAGAAACGCAUCUCGCCUCGCGUGCCUUCACCACAGCUUGUAAGCGAGGGAACUGGCGUUCCGCUACCCCAGGCGGCGAUCAAGUUACUAGACAAAGCAGACCUGUUUUUUAUCGCGAGCAAACAUGGCACUAAGAGCAUGGACGUGAAUAUCCGCGGCGGUCCGCCAGGAUUCGUACGUGUGCUAAGGAAUAGAGAUGAGAGUGCCGGUGGUGCUGCAUUGGUCUAUCCAGAGUACUCUGGUAAUCGAUUGUACCAGACGUUGGGAAAUAUUCAUAAUGACCCAGCCGUCGGCAUCGUGGUCCCGGACUUUGAAACAGGUGAUGUGCUAUACCUGACAGGAAACGCGGCGAUCCUAGUUGGCGAAGUAGCGGCUGUGGUGAUGCCGCAUGCGAAGUUAGCCAUACGUGUUGAAGUCGUGGAAGCUCGGUUUGUGCGAGAGGGUCUGUCGUUUAGGGGCGAGGUUAUCGAUUACUCGCCGUAUAACCCAAUCGUCCGGCGAUUGGCAUGCGAGAAGGGAUCUGAUGAUCCUGCGGCGGGUUCAAGUAGUGACGCCACUGCUACAGCAAGGCUGAUCACUCGGGAGAGACUUACACCAACGAUCUCGAGAUACGUGUUUAAGCUUACUGCCUCAGGAGCAAAGGAUAAUACAAGGAAGCGGUUGAAAGCUUGGCAUCCCGGACACCAUGUCACGUUGGACUUCAGCGGGGAGCUGGAUAUGGGAUACUCACACAUGCGGGAUGAGGACCCGCAGAGUCUGAACGACGACUUCGUGCGCACGUUCACGGUAAGUAGGCCUAUCAAUAUUGGGGUUGUGGAUGAAGAGGGGUAUAUUAAGGAGGAUACGGAACCGGAGCUUGAGAUUACGGUUCGGAGACACGGUCCGGCGACGGCAUUGCUGGAGCGCUGGAAUAUAAGGGUCCCGCUUGAGAUCCCAGUGAUGGGGUUCGGCGGCGCGGAAGGGUUUAGAUUACCAACAAGGAGUGGUAAAGGGGAUGAAAAUAUAAGCGUGUUUGUUGCCGCGGGCGUAGGAAUCACACCGUUGAUGGCACAAGGCGCUAGUGUUCUAAAAGCUACGGGAGAAGGAAAUAAACUCAAGCUACUCUGGAGUAUGAAAGGCGAAGAUGUGCCUCUAGCAGCAGACGUGCUAGAGAAGAUAAGCGGCCUCGGACACGCGACGAAGCUCUUCGUCACCGGGAAGAUAGGCGAGAGGGAGCGGGCUAUUAUAUCUACAAUACGGGGGCUUGGCGCAGAAGUGGUAGAGCGGAGGAUAGAGGCUGGUGAUGUGUUGGUGGAGGGCGAGAAGGGACGGAGGAAGUAUUAUUUAUGCGCGGGUCCGGAGAUGACUAGGGAGUUGUUGAAGUGGACGGAGGGCGAGGAGGUGGUUUAUGAAAGCUUUGAGUAUUAG